UGAUACCAGCAGAUCUACAACCACCGACACCUUUGUAGGUUAAAUAAUCGAAUUCCAUGAAAACUUGGUCGACUUUAUCUCAGUUAAUACUAGUAUUUAAGAUCAUAUGAAAAACCUCAAUUAAUUUCCUUUUUCUCUCGUACAGCCACCGUCGAUCACCUUUUCUUCUCAAAGUUGUUGUGUGUUUCUCAAUUGAAUUUCGAACGAACCAAAACAACAGUGAGCCUAGAUCCCUAAUUUGUUGUUGUCAAUUGCCUAAAUUUCAGCCGACAAACGAGCCCGAUUUCAACCCAAUCUGUAUUUCCUUCUUAGCUCUCUAAUAUGCAAUCUUAUUCUUCAUCUCCCAACCCAUCUGACCUUCGAACUCUCAAGUGUUCAUCACCCUGUCUCAAUUGAAAACAGCUACAGAUCCCCUUCUUCACCAGCAGCAACUGAUGAGAAAGAAAAGAGAAAGACGAGGAUAACUUGGACAUUUCACCAAAUUUUUUUACUUUUUUGCCACGUGUGUAGUACUGCCAUGUCACCUAACUGGAAAACCAACAGAAUAUAUAACCAGAGGAGAUUUCACUAAUUUUAUUUCUGUAGGGGAGGCAACUCAAAUUAUGAUCUUCGGCAGGGGAGGUAACGCAAAUUCCGCCUAUUUUAAUUUAUAAUACAUAUUUUAUAUCUUGGAUGAGAUAAAUUAAGAUAUCUAUUUUAAUAAGGAUAUUAUGAAUAAAAUACGAUUGGUUUUAAUAUAAUUAGAUUAUGUCCCAUUCCUAAUCAUGUCGUAACCAAACAUGAAGUGAGGGAGUGACAUUCCUUGAGAAUCACAUUCCAUAAGUUACAUUCCCAGGAAUCACAAUCCCUUCCAUAACCAAACACACUCUAAAUUUUGCGACUCACUUUUAACCUUGCUAAUUCAACAAGAGAUUUAGAUGAUGAUUAAUUUCGCAACUUUUUCGGAUUUGAGUUAGAAAAUCCAAGCUCAUUGUCUUCCAUAGUGUUGUAUCCUAAAUUCCUCUUCGUUUUUUUCUUCUUUUGUGAAAGAUUCUGAUACCUAGUUUAUUAAUUUUUUUAGAUACCUAGGAGUCUGUGUCUAAUGUAAGAGGUCGAUUCUGAUUAAUAGCUCAUAAAUUAUUGAGUAAAAGUCAAAAAUAACUCAGUGUUGUCCGGUAAUUUGGGAUAUAAAUAGCGAUGGCACGUUAACACUGGGUACAAGAAACUGGGUGCCACAAACUAUUUUUUGUAUCUCGUUUUAUGUCAAAAUUAUCUUGCAGUAUACCCGGUUUUUAGAAUACGUCGUUUAAUUGGGAGCCCCUAAAAAUAAUUAGGGGCCCUGACCAAUAUGUUUCCCACACCAAAAAUUAUAGGGGCGUUCUAAAAGGUGGCGAAAAUACUAUUAUACCCUUCUCUAAUAACUAAACUAAAAAUCGUAUUAACCCUUAAUCUAAGGCCCCCAAUUUCAUUUCCUAUCAAAACUAAAAACUGUUCCUCUCCUCCCAUAUUCCUCUCUCUGCUCUCUGCUCUCUCCUCCUCCAUUAACGACCCAAUUUUUUUUCUUCCAACCGAUUCAUCGUAGUAAUCGCGAUGCGAAAACUUUAAUCGACGAUUAACUUCUUCUACAAACAUGGCACGUACUAAGCAGACUGCUAGGGAAGCUCUUCAGAUCCCUAAUUUGGUGGAGGCAGUAAACACUAGGGUUUAUGUAAAAGGAGGGACGAAAUCAAAAAAGGCGGAAUCGGAGAAACAUAUGGCUCCAAUCAGAAGCAAGACGAAAGAUAAGAAUCCCCUGAUAACUCCUCCUUCAAGACCUUCCCGCCAUGAUAAAUACUUACUUGCCGGUCCAUUACACGGAAAACGUCCAAGUGAGGUAGCCUUCUCUAUCCGUGAACCCAGAGAUAAAGGUAAUGAGUCUUCGGAUUCGUCGACUUCAUCCUCUCCUGUUGUGUCUGCUUCUGGCAGCGAUGAGGAAGAAGAACAAGAAGAAAUUCUUAUGAGAGGUGAAUAUGCUGUUGAUGAGGAUGAUGAAGAUGGUAUUGAUCGUAAAGGUGGUGAUGGUCAAGGUGAUGGUAAGGAGGAUUUGGAGACUGAGGAGGAGGAGGAUGAAGGUAAUGAUGAUGCAGAGGAGGAGGAUGAUGAGGAGGAUGAUGGAAAUGGUGGUGGUAGUGGUGAUGAGGAGGAUGAUGGUGAUGAUGGUAAAGGUGAUGGUGGUGAUGAGUAGGAGGAGGAAGAGGAGGAGGAGGAGCAGCAGCAACAUCCGGAUGUACAAGCUAAGAAGAAGAAGUCAGGUCCAAAUGCACCCAGGUCGAGACACAUUCCUGCCCAACAUUUGCAGCUGGAACGUCUUCGUGGUGGGAAAGCUAGAGGAGAACCUAAAGAUGUCUGCGAAUUUCUAUUUGGAUAUAAGAGCAGUUGGGCUCGUACCAUCUAUGAGAUAAUCGAUCAUAAGAAUGUCACACGUCUUUUUAGACGCCAAUCUUCAUAUGUAAUAAUGUCAAAAUGGCCACUAGAAGGUGAAUGUGCAAGAGUGAGAGAGAUUGUUGAAAAGUCAGGUUUGUAUGCUGGGGUUGAGAAAUCCAUCAUUAUGUAUGACAAGGUGGAAGUAUCAUGUUUCACCGAGAGGUUUUAUGGUGAAACCGAUACAUUCCUAUUUCUUUUUGGCAAGAUGGCAGUGACUCCAGAUGAUGCAGAACAUAUUUUAGGGUUGCAAAUGGAAGGAAAAUCAACCGGUGACAAGUUCAAGAAAAACCUACCUUGGAAAGAAAUUUAUGUACUCACCUUGAAGUUGUUUGGUUGGGAUGAAGCGACGACAUAUGCGCAAUUCGUCCCGGGAAAGAAGUACCCAAAGAAAGAAUUCAAGCUUAAGCCCCUUAGAAAGAUGUAUGUUGGUUCACUUAAGAAAGGCGGAGACAAUAAUCUCCUCUCUGAUUUGGAAGUUCGUGCUACGGCGGCCGCAUAUCUGUUGUACGCCCUUGGUUCUGUUAUAUUUCCCGAUAAUAAAGGAAACAGAUUCAGCGUCAACCUUCUUCAGCCUUUGGAUCCAUUGGACGAGGUGAGUAGGUACUCGCGGGGGACUGCCAUAGUGGCACAUUUGAAUGCACAUCUAGCAAAGCCCGGGAACGAACUUCUCAAAUUAACGGGAAUUUGGCUCUACUUCAGGUUCUAAAUAAAGUUUGGAUGGAAUUACGGAGCGAAAAGAGCAGAAAAGUGGUGGAAGCCG